AUGAUUCUGAGAGUGGAGGUUCAGUGUCCCCCUGCGAGUCCAAUUGGAUCAGUGAAACUCCAUUGGAACAACUUGGUGACCCACCUGUCCGUCAUGAAUGCCAACCAACAGGCGGUUCUGCUCAUCCUGGGGCCGAGCUUACAGACCAGCAUUUUUGGAAACGCCACCUUCGAGAUUAAGUCUCUGGAUGAGCAGCACGUUGUUGGCGUAAUUCGUAUGGCGAGCGGUUAUAGUAACAUCUCGUUCCCGCUGGAUCUGGAGGUGACGUUAAAAGCUGUUCUCUUGGGUGCCGCCAUGUACCUGGUGAGUGUGCCGAUAUCAUUACCCACAUGA